CGACGGAGAGAGAGAGAGAGAGAGAGAGAGGGGAGGCGAAGCGGAUGACACGCACACACACACCCUCACUCUGUCUCACACACGGAGGAGAGGAGUCAGAGAGGAAGAGGAGUCAGAGAGGAGGAAGAGAAGAAGAAGAAGAAGAAGAGGGGGUAAGCGCAGAGAGAGUAAACCCGCGGAGAGAUGCCCGCUGGACGGAUGGAUUUUAUUUUCCCCGAGCUGCUCGAGCCUCUGUAAGACAACAUGGGCUGCAUAGGAUCCCGGACGAUCGCAGGCGACGCCGUGCCGGUGCAGAAAGAUGGGGAUCAGGUGUGAGUCGCUCCAUGAAGGACAAAGUUACCAAGCCCACUGCCAUGGCCCAGGGUAAAGUCGCCCACAUGAUCGAGUGGCAGAGCUGGGGCAAACCAUCCGCAGGGCCGAUGGGGGUGGCGGGGCACACCAACCUGCAGAGGGAAAAAGAGAGGAGGCUGGAGAACGAUGCUUACAGCGACCUCAGUGACGGAGAGAAGGAGGCCCGCUUUGCUGCAGGCAUCAUGCAGCAGUUUGCGAUCUCUGAGGCGACUCUGUUCGGCUGGAACUCGAUGGACGGGGACAGUAUGGGAGCCGGAUCCAACCAGGGCAGCGUGGCUCACCUCAGUGAGGUCAACCAGGAGAGCAUCACGAGCAGAGACCAGGUACUCCACCACUCCUCUGCGGAUGUCUGGCCUCACACCUACGUCUCACAGGGCCUGUACUGCCUGUCGUCCACAGACGCCUGGGACCCAAUCACCAGCCAACCCUCGGGCGUGGCCUCACCUGGUGGGGGCUCCUACAUUAUGGCAGCUGGUGGCAGCAGUGGAGCAGGGGGUACACCUGCUGAGGGGUACGAGGGGACAGUAGGCAGUUACCUUCAACAGCACCAGACUCAUCUCACCCUGCAGCAGCACAACCAACUCCAACAGCUGCAACAGCUGCAACAUCUCCACCAGUACCAGCAGCAGCAGCUCCUGCAGUACCAACAGCAGCCCAUGGAGCACAGGCCACACAGUGCCUCCCAUUCCCUCCAAGCCACUCCCAACAGCACCAUCCACAGUCUCGGUCCUCCCACCCACCCUCGGCUAGCUGACCUGUGGGGAGCUGCGCAGGUUGAGGCACACCAUGUGGACAUAGUCCAGCAGAUGAGCGGACAGAUGGCGGAAAUGGUCGGAGGAGUGGUAGAGACGGUCGGAGAGGAGCCGGAACUCGAAUCUGAAGUGAUCCCAGAGCAGCAUGAAGAGGAAGAGGAGCUGACGAAGGUAGAAGAGGUUACAUUAACCUUGGAGCCAGAGCCAUGCUCUUUGACCCCAUCCCCUCUGAGAGAGGACGCCUCCUCUACCAGAGGCUCCAGUCCAGGACUCCCAGCACAGACCACUGAAUCUGUGGCAGGGAGGAAACCGUUCGACGUCACGCCCUGCGUUGUCCAACUGUUGGAGGAGAAAGAGGAGGCAGAGAAGAGCUCUAUUGUUGUUGUUGCGACCAACUGAUUCACAGAGGACCAGACGAAACUGUCAAAAAACAGUGAAUAAAUACUUCAAUAAUCAAUCAAGCUAUUCUAUCCCCAACCCCAACACCCUCCCAACUAUUUACCCACCGGAAGUCAGAGGAAAUAUGGGAAGACUUUUUGAGACGUGGGAUGUAAUGUACACAAACUAAAUGCCAAGAAGGACGUAUGUGAUAUGGAACACGUAAUGUUUAACGCAGACAAGAGACUUCAACUGAGUGACUGCUGAAACAAACCGUAUGGAGAUUAGAUGGAUUCACAUAAAGUCUGGACCUAUCGGACCAAAGAACCAGGACUGAACAGAUAGAUGUGGGGUGAGGACAGAUAGGGCCUAUUUAAAUAUUCAGUGCAAUACAACAAACAUGGACUCAAUAAAACUUGGGUACAGUGUUUGCAAAUAAUUGUAAGUGGUUUGUUCAAGUUGCUCGAGCGCAGGAAGAAGCUUUGUUUCAUCUGAGCAGCCCUGCAGGACCUCGUAACAGAAACGUAUUCUAUUUGCUGAUUGGUGCAUUUAGCUUAGAUUGACAGCUGGUCUCAACCCAACAUGAGAUGUUCUGUAAAGACCACGCAGACCGAUCUGUUGCUCGGAUUGAUCGUGCCGAACCUACUUUGAGUCAUUUGCAAACACACGAUAUGGACACAACCAAAAGAAAGUGCAUGCUUUUUAACAGUGACCUAGCCCUUACAGUAUAACACAGUAUACAAAGUAAUAAUAUAUCAAAUUGCUUUUUAUAAAAACAAAAAAAAUCCAAUAAACUGAUGUGUAUUAGUAUGAAUGUAAGACUGUAUGUAUGUAUGAAUGUAUCUUUGUUUGUGUUAAAUAUAUAUAUUCUGGGAAAGUGA